AUGGUGAGCGUGCGGGGCCGUUCCCGGUGGUCAGCGGAUGUGAAUGCGGCCUACAGCCGGGACUCUGGCCAUUUUGUCCUGCUCCUCACGCCGCGACUUCGGCUCAGACCCAGAGCGCUCCCCCUGCUGCCCGGGGUGCCCAGCCCCACUUCUCAGAUUGUGUUGGUGUCUUUUGAAGACCUGGUUGUCAACUUCACCUGGGAGGAGUGGGAGGACCUGGACAAUGCUCAGAGAACCCUGUACAGGGAUGUGAUGCUGGAGACCUACCACAGCCUGCUGUCCUUGGCUUUCCAAAAGCUCAAGAAAUCUAAAGUGAAACCAUAUCCUGCAUUCUUUGUUUAUGCUCUUAUAAAUGAUAUAAAACCCCAUCCCUAUGAACAUCUGGUGUUGUUAUCAUUUGAAGACCUGACUGUGGACUUCACCUGGGAGGAGUGGCAAAACUUGAACAGUGCUCAGAGAAUCCUGUAUAGGGAUACAAUGCUAGAGAUCUACAACAACAUGCAGUCCUUGGCAGCCCAGAAAAGAGAUGAACUCAGUGGCCCCAACACAUCAGUUCACAAGAGAGUUGAAUUAAGAAAAAUACCUAAUUUAAGUUCAAGCCAUAUUUCCAAAUCAGUUAUCAAAAAGAGAAUGAAACCUGAGGCAUACAGAACAUUCCAUGAUGUGUUUCUCCCUAAUGAGCCCAGUGAGAUGCAAACUGGUGAGAAAUCUGGUGACAGUAAUGUACCUGGGAACUCUUCCCAAUGCUGUGAACCUUCUAGUCAACCUCACAAGAUUCAGACUGCAGAGCAGCCAUUAGAACACAGUGCACAAACAAAAGCCUUAAAAAGGAAGAAGGUAGUGUUUACAUUUGAGAGAGAGCAUAUGGAAGAGACCUAUAAGAAGUCAGCUGUCAUCGUUGAAAAUAUAACUCACAUAGGAAAGAAAACUUUCCAUAAAAAUUCCAACCUCAGUAAGCAGCAAGUGGGUUUGUUAACUCACACAACAGUGAAACUCUGUGAAUCCAGUGAGUAUGAGAAAACUAUUAGUGGCAAUCCAGACAUUACAGUGAAUCAGAGAACACAUAUUGGAAAGAAACCUUAUGUGUGUAAAACCUGUGGGAAAUCUUUCAGCUGUAAAUGUUGCAGCACGAUUCAUUACAGGACUCACAUAGGCGAAAAGCCCUUUGGGUGCAAUGAGUGUGGACAAAACAUUUACCAGGAGUCAAACCUCACUAGAAUGAAAAUGGUUGUGAAACCCUAUGAGUGUAACACAUGUGAAAAAGUGUGUGGCCGGAAAUCACACCUCACAGCACAUCAGAGGGUUCACACCGGGGAGAAACCAUUUGAAUGUAAUGUGUGUGGAAAAGCCUUUUACCAAAAGGCAUACCUCACUAGACAUCAGAGAAUUCACACUGGGGAGAAAUCUUAUGAAUGUAAGGAGUGUGGAAAAGCUUUUAGUAAUCAGUCACUCCUCUGUGCACAUCAGAAAAUUCAUACAGGAGAGAAACCUUUCAAAUGUUAUGAAUGUGGAAAAGCCUUCUGCCAGAAGUCACAUCUCUUAACACAUCAGAAAAUUCACACAGGGGAGAAACCUUAUGAAUGUAAUGAGUGUGGAAAAGCCUUUGGCCGGAAGUCAUAUUUCAUCUUGCAUCAGAGAAUUCACACAGGAGAGAAACCUUAUAAAUGUAAUAUUUGUGAGAAAGCCUUUUGGUACAAAUCAGACCUUGUAAGACAUGGGAGAAUUCACACAGGCGAGAAACCUUAUGAAUGUAGUAAGUGUGGGAAAGCCUAUUGCCAGAAGUCCCAACUAAUUGUGCAUCAGCGAAUUCACACAGGAGAGAAACCUUAUAAAUGUAGUGAGUGUGGAGAAGCCUUUGGUAAUAAAUCAAUGCUCAAUACACAUGAGAGAAUUCACACAGGGGUGAAACCUUAUGAAUGUAAUGAAUGUGGAAAAACCUUUGGCUGGAAGUCAUACUUAAUUACACACCAGCGAAUUCACACAGGAGAGAAACCUCAUAAGUGUAAUGAGUGUGGGAAAGCCUUUUGCCAUAAAUCAAUUCUCUGUACACAUCAGAGACGUCAUAGAGGGGAGAAACGUUAUGAAUGCAAUAAAUGUGGAAAAGCCUUUUACCAGAAAUCACAUCUCCUAAGACAUCAGAGAGUUCACACAGGAGAGAAACCUUAGGAAUGUAGUGAGUGUGCAAAAGCCUUUUGUGUCAUCUUCAGUAGGCAUCAAAGAAUUCACACAGGGGACAAACCUUAUGAAUGCAACAAAUGUGGAAAAGCCUUUUGCCAGAAGUCAAACUCAUAA